AUGGAGGAUGUUACUGCGGAAGAAAACACAAACCCGUCGGACAUGUCCAGUGCAGAGCUGCAGGCAGCGUGUCUCGCUUAUUCGCAAGAUAUAGCACGGUUUCACGAGGAGAGGGGCGUGGACAUCAUGCGCUAUGCGAGCGAGCUUGUGCCCCUGCGCGAGGACGAGCGAACUGAGGACAACAUGAUCUGUGCGCUCCUUGUGGUCAAAUCACUCGAGCUAUCAAAGCUCGCGGCACGGGUCGCCUGGGGCAUCGGGAGCAGCAUGGAUCGCUACGAUGAUCAAAACACCGACUUUGACAAGAUCCGUUCGCAGCUGCAAGCCGCCUUUGACGAAGUAAUUGCCAUCAUCCCUCCUCCACCCACCGUCGAUCGUGCCGUCGAUGACAAGAUGUCUGUGCCCUGCCCGGCUCCAUUCGAGCAACCUUCUGGUGCAGCGGCACCAUCAUCCUCACCUGAACCUGCAUCUUCCCCUGCCCCACCUAAAGUCCACUCGCCGACGCCCGAGCCCUACUGUCCGCCUUCGGACGGCAUACCACAAGCACAGGUUCACACGCUGUUCUGUGAUGGCCCGCUCAACUAUUCCCGCUCAAUCACUCCUGCGCUUGUUCCUCCCCUAGCACCUCAUUCCGACAUUCCUCUGCUAGAUCUGACGUUAGGCGACCUUCUGGGAAUCAUCACAACGGGAAUGACCGACCGUCUCGUUGCGACACUCGGUACCUCCCCUGCUAGCUCCCUGUUGGACACGCUGGGAACUCGUCUGUCUGCCUCUGCUCCUACACAUCCCAACCCUGCCUUGCCUAACACACCCACUGCAGCGACGAACACCGAGCCUGGUUUGACAGAGUCCCCCAGCAAACGCCGUCGCUCGUACUAG